GUUAGGGGAGGUCGAAGGUUGUGAAUGAGGACGUUCGAAAGCAUAAUAACAGUACACAUGUGACAGUUUUGUCUGUUGAAUGCCUUACUUAUUUCACAUUAAUAAUAAUAAUUUAUUAACAAAAUGACAUCCGCUUGCUUUCUUAGGCGUCGUAUGUAUUUCCAAUGUCGGAGAUGUUUCACAAAUGUGGCAAAGCAAACAACACCAGAACCUGUGAUGAGACAGAACAAACUAUUCGAUGAAGAGGCUGAAAGACAACUACAAAUGGUGAAACGCCUUGAGAAGAUCAAUGUGCAACACCUGGGUCCGAAUGAUAAAUGCACAUUUGUGAUGAACAAGAAACUCUCCACACCCUAUCAUUGUGCAAUGCAUUUAAACGAGAGGUAUGUCACCAACUCUGGAUUAGCUCUUGUGAAUGGUGAACCAUGGCAUAUGCACCAACCACUACAAGAGGAUUGUGAACUGAAGUUUCUUACAUUUAAAGAUGAUGAUGUUGAACAUAUCAAUAUGGCAUUUUGGAAGGCAAGCGCUCACUUAAUGGGAGCUGUCCUGCACAGUGCAUUUAAGGACAUGAUUACCACCAAGAUGGUGUAUACACCUCAUCUACCAGUUUCUGCAGGCUGUUUUGCUCAUGACAUCAGUCUUCCUUUUCAUUGGCGACCAACAUUUGAUGAGUUGAUGAUGUUAAAUCGUCAAGCAUACAGACUUAUUGAAAGCAAAAUACCUUUCGAACGACUGCAAGUCUCAAGUGAUUUGGCUAUCACAUUAUUCAAUGGAAAUGAGUUUAAAACGGCAGAAGUUAAAAGAAAGAAUGUGGAUUGUGUGACAUUAUACAGAUUAGGAAAGUUUAUUGACCUCUCAGAUGGCCCGAUGAUUUCAAAUUCACAAGCUAUGUCAGUACACAGGUUUUCAUUUACAAACGUACAUUUGGUUAAAGGAGAUGCAGACGUUGACAAGGAUAAAAUUCACAGGUUUCAAGGUGUAGCCCUUCCUUCUGCAUUUGAGGCACAUUAUUCAACGUGGUCGACGUUAGAGAAUAGAGCGAGAAAACCAGUUAAAAUAUAAAUCAAGUUCAUACUGCCAAUCAAUCAUCCCAUUUAUAGAUGGUGCUCUUGCAUAAUGAAACUCUUCAGACUGUAGAUCUAAUUGACUGAUCUAUCAAAACAGUGCCUGAACACUUUGCGUGUUUCAGAAACAUGUGUUUAGGUACGGUUAUCGGCCAUCCAUAAUUAUCAACAUUUUCAAAAGAGAAUAUGCUUUGGGGGUUAGGGGGUUGAAAGUGUAGGCAUAAUUACUCUUUUGAAAAAGAUAAAAUGUUGAUCUCAAAAUGACAUAAAUCAACAUUUUUUUUUGGUGUAUCGGUACUCUUUUCGGGGUAGGGGGAUGGAGGGGGUGACGGAAAAGAGUAUUUUUUAUACUCUUUCGAAAAUGUUGAAAAUUAUGGAUGGCCCUUACACUGUUGAGGAAACCAGUUUAAAAAAAAUAGAACAAGGUCAUUAUAAAAAUUCAUUCAACAAUCAGUCAGUCAUCUAAUUUGUGUAGGAGCUGCUCCGGUUAACAACUGACCAUUAAGAGCAGGGGUAAGGAUACGCGCAUGUCCUAUAAACAUGUGUUACCCUGUCAUUUUGUAAGACCUUGGCAACUAUAUCUGAUGGAUAAGGCUUAGAGAAACUGUCCAUUGUCAGAGAUGUUCUUGUAGAAGAAACUAUUUUCUAUGAAAUUCUUGAAAUGAAUUUCACAUUGUAAUGGAACUCAAAUUGAUUUAAUUUUGACUGUUAUUUUGUUUACUUAUACUGUAUUAAAUAAAAAAUAUGGUACCAAGAGAUUUGAAAAAUAUGCUAGAAAGGUAGUUUUUUUUGUUUGUUAUGUUCGAAUGUCAGUCAUCUUCAGAUAAAUUCAGUUAUAAAAUAGACAGAGCUAAUACAGUGAAUGAUGACAUAGUUUAUUUGCUAAUUCCAUCAAGGGCAAGUCCACUUUAAAUUGUAGUAUAACAUAAUGACACUACAAAACUUGAGAUAAAGUAGUUGUGGAACUGGUUGGCGGUGAUGGUG